UUUAUUGUAAUUGUAUUGAAACAAAAAAAAUGGAUAACAAUGGAAUGAAUAAGACAGGAGGCGGUCCGCAAAUUUUCACUUAUUCUAUUUCUAUUUCUAUGGUUUUAUCUGAGAAUUUCGUGUCUUUUUUUUUAUUCCAAUUUUUGCUAAUUUCGUGUUUUGAUUGCCUAGUGCAAUUCCAUUUUUUUAUUCCGAUUGGAUCUACAUAUUCUAAUUUUUUUCGGGUUGCUAACUCAACGGUAGAGUACUCGGCUUUUAAGUGCGACUAGCAUCUUUUACACAUUUGUAUGAAGAAAGGGAUUCGUUCAGACCAUCGGUAGAGUUUGUAAGACCACGACUGAUCCUGAAAGGAGUGGAUGGAAAAAAGAGCAUGUCGUAGCAAUGGAGAAUUCUAAGAAUCCUUUUUUUCCGGAUCAUUCCAAAAAAAACCGUUUUUGAAUUUUUGGUGCGGAACAAAAAAAAUGAAUUGAAUUCAAAGUUGGGUCGAGUGAAUAAAUGGAUAGAGCUCUACGGCCCCAAUUAUAGGGAAACAAAAAGUAACGAGCUUCUGUUCUCAAUUUGAAUGAUUACCUGAUCUAAUUAAACGUUAAAAAGAAAUUAGUGCCUAAUGGGGUAAAGGUUUUUCUCAUGAGUAAAUUAUCGAUUUUUUUAUGAGUCCUUAUUAUUAGGCAUUCCCUUUAUGGGUUAGCCAUGAAUGUGUAGAAGAAGCAGUAUAUUGAUAAAGAAAAGAUAUUUUUUUCCAAAAUCAAAAGAGCGAUUGGGUUGAAAAAAUAAAGGAUUUCUAACCGUCUUCUUAUCCUAUAACGAACAUAAAUAAAUUAGAUGGCAAAAGAAAAGAUAGGAUAGAGAAUCCGUUGAUGAAUCCGCCUGUCUCCGAGGUAUCUAUUCUUUUCUUACUAUAAUACCUUGUUUUGACUGUAUCGCACUAUGUAUCAUUUAAUAACCGAAUAGAUCCCCUAUCUUUGGUUCAAAUCGAAUUUGAAAUGGAGGAAUUUCAAGUAUAUUUAGAACUAAAUAGAUCCCGCCGACACGAUUUCCUAUACCCACUUAUUUUUCGGGAGUAUAUUUAUGCACUUGCUCAUGAGCAUGGUUUAAAUAAAUCGAUGAUUUUUUUUGAAAAUCAGGGUUAUGGUAAUAAAUUCAGUUCACUAAUUGUGAAACGUUUAAUUCUUCGAAUGGAUCAACAGAAUCGUUUGAUUAGUUCUGCUAAUGAUUCCAACCAAAAUCCGGUUUUUGGACACAACAAUAAUUUGUAUUCUCAAAUGAUAGCGGCAGGAUUUGCAGUCAUUGUGGAAAUUCCAUUUUCCUUACGAUUAAUAUCUUACUCACAAGGGGCAGAAGCCGCAAAAUCUCAUAAUUUUCAAUCAAUUCAUUCAAUAUUUCCUUUUUUAGAGGACAAAUUCUCACAUUUAAAUUAUGUGUUAGAGGCACUAAUACCUCAUCCCAUCCAUCUAGAAAUCUUAGUUCAAGCCCUUCGCUACUGGGUAAAAGAUGCUUCUUCUUUGCAUUUAUUACGGUUCUCUCUCUACGAGUAUUGUAAUUUGAAGAGUUUUAUUACUCCAAAGAAAUCUAUUUCGAUUUUUAAUCCAAGAUUAUUCUUGUUCCUGUAUAAUUCUCAUACAUGUGAAUACGAAUCUAUUUUCCUUUUUCUCCGUAAUCAAUCUUCUCAUUUACGAUCAACAUCUUCUGGAGUCUUUCUUGAACGAAUUUUUUUCUAUGGAAAAAUAAAGUAUCUUGGCGAAGUCUUUUAUAAUGAUUUUCAGAACAACCUAUGGUUGUUCAAAGACCCUUUCAUACAUUUUAUUAGGUAUCAAGGAAAGUCAAUUCUGGCCUCAAAGGAUACGUCUCUUCUGAUCAAUAAGUGGAAAUAUUACUUUGUCGAUUUAUGGCAAUAUUAUUUUUACCUGUGGUCUCAAUCAGGAAGAGUCCGUAUAAAUCAAUUAUCUAAAUAUUCUCUCGACUUUCUGGGCUAUCUUUCAAGUGUGCGAUUAAAUCCUUCAGUGGUACGGAGUCAAAUGCUAGAAAAUUCAUUUCUAAUAGAUAAUGCUGUGAAGACGUUGGAUACAAGAAUUCCAAUUAUUUCGAUCAUUGGAUCAUUGUCUAAGGCGAAAUUUUGUAACACAUUAGGGCACCCCAUUAGUAAGCCGACGUGGGCCGAUUCCCCCGAUUCUGAUAUUAUUGACCGAUUUGUGCGUAUAUCCAGAAAUCUUUCUCAUUAUCACAGUGGAUCUUCAAAAAAAAAAAGUUUGUAUCGAAUAAAAUAUAUACUUCGGUUUUCUUGUGUUAAAACUUUGGCUCGUAAACACAAAAGUACUGUCCGUGCUUUUGAAAAAUUAGGUUCGGAAUUUUUGGAAGAAUUCUUUACGGAAACGGAAGAAGAACAUGUUUUUUCUUUGAUCUUCCCAAGAGGUUUUUUUGCUUUGCGAAAGGUCUAUAGAGGACGAAUUUGGUAUUUGGAUAUUAUUUGUAUCAAUGCUCUGGUCAAUCAUUCAUGAUUGGUUAUGAAAUUAUGUAAAUUCAAUUCUAGUAUUAAAUGUUCAGGCAGUAAGAAUAAGAGGGGAUUGGCCGAGUAUUCCGCUUUUUUUUUAGAGUCCUGUUUAGGGAAUAAACAGGGUUUUAGAUGGAUACAUAGAGAAAGCCGUGUGCAAUGAAAAAUGCAAGCACGGUUUGGGGAGGGAUUUUUUAUUCUUUAACUUUAAAAUUAGUAAAUUAGAAUUUAUUUAAUUUAAACAAGGAAAUUAUCUACUCCAUCCGACUAGUUCCGGGUUCGAGUCCCGGGCAACCCAUUUUUAUUAUCAUAUCGAAACGCUAUUCCUAAUAGAAGAUAGGAAUGAUUUGGAUAUAUAUCAUAUGUAUAUCAAUCCGUAGUUUCUUUUUCUAACUUAAGAAAAAAAAAAUGAUAAAUCUAGAUACGAUCCUAGAUGUAUAUUUUCUAUUUGAUAUUGGUUGACACGGGUAUAUAAGUCAUGUUAUACUGUUGAAUAACAAGCCUUCAAUUAUCUAGUUCUAGAUAAUUUGUGCGCUUGGGAGUCCCUGAUGAUUAAAUAAACCAAGAUUUUACCAUGACUGCAAUUUUAGAGAGACGCGAAAGCGAAAGCCUAUGGGGUCGCUU